CGUCAUGAUUCCCACGGCAAGAUGUCUGGCCGCCAAACCGGCCGGCUUCAUGAAGCGCAGCGCCGCCGAGCUCACGCGCCUUUCGAAAAUCGCAUGGAACUCAGAAGCUCUACACACGCCCACGAAACCCUACUACCUCAUGGACUUCGAAGACGAGUCCGCCGUCGCCGGCUGCAAGACCAUGGCCGACCGUGCUGUCGGCGGCUUCAGUACAGCCAGUCUAGAUUUUGUUCCUUCGGAUCCCGGCUCAAACGCUCCUGCCCAUGCGAGAUUCCACGGAAGCAUUUCCACAAGGCUGCCUAACAACUGGAGGGUGGAACGCACCGGGUACGCCGCCUUCCGCAACCGAGACCGGGGCUUCUGGCUCUUCGGCCGCCUGUACUGGGACGUUGACCCGUACGCCUACCUCGCGCUGCGCGUCAAGUCCGACGGCCGCCGCUACACCGUGAACAUCCAGACCGACUCGAUCGUCGAGACCGACAUCCACCAGCACCGGCUGUACACACGCCACCACCGCGUCCAGGACCCCUCGCUCUACCGCGACUCGCUGCCCCAGGCCCUCGAGGACCCCGACCUCGCCGACACCAUGUAUCCCAGCGGCAUCCCCGAGUCGCUGUCCGACGUGCCCCCCGAAUCCACCAUCAUGUCGUCCGCCAGCGCCACGACCUCCGGCUCCACCGGCUGGGAGACCAUUUUGCUGCCAUUCAAUUCGUUUGUGCGCACGAAUCAUGGUUUGGUCGUUGAGCCACAGACCUCAAUCAUUCGUCAGCGCGUCAAGAGUAUCGGAAUCGGUCUGACGGACCGCGUCGAGGGCCCGUAUGAUCUGCGGAUUCACCGCAUCUGGGCCACGAAUGGGAUUAGUAGGGCCGAGAUCGACGAGGAGAGGCAGAUCUGCGGUGCGGAUGCCCUCCCUGUCGAUGAGGGCGUCGAGAAUGAAUGGCAGGCGAGCACGACGGCCGAUAAAUCGGAAUCGUCGCCCAAGCGGGAGGAUAAGAAGGGACAGGGCUUGGGGGCGUUGCGCGACGAGUGGGAGAAAUAAAUAGAUACCAUGAUGAUGCAGAAUGUACCAUACCUUUGAAUACCACGCUUAUCAGUUGUUCCAAAAAGCGGCUUGACAGACUCCAUAUAAUUC